AUCAGCAGCGGUGACGACAUGCCUUUUCGCCACAUCCAAUUGUCAUCCUUUCUGGGGAGGGCGGAGCAGACGCCAGCAGCUCCACCUGUGAAACAUGACUGGUAUCAAACAGAGUCUCAAGUCAUCGUCACAGUCAUGGCAAAAAAUGUACCCAAGGAUGGUGUGUGUUUCAACUACAUGGAGAGAGAGCUCUCUGCCACGAUGAAGCUGGCAUCAGGGGAGAACUACAACCUGGACCUCCACCUCCUCCACUCCAUCAUCCCUCAACAGAGCAACUUCAAGAUCCUCACCACCAAG